AUGUAUGAAAACAAGAGUAAGGUAAAAGAUUUGAGCUUGGCCCCCUUUGGGAAGCUCCAAAUGCAGAUCUCUGAAAAUGAAAUGCCAGGAAUUAUGUCAAUCAGGGAGGAAUACGAAAAGUUGAAACCCCUUAAAGGUGCAAAAAUAACUGGUUGUUUACAUAUGACGGUUGAGUGUGCACUGUUAAUUGAGACGCUACAAAAGUUGGGAGCCCAAAUAAGGUGGUGCUCAUGCAACAUAUACUCGACAGUAGACUACGCAGCUGCCGCUGUGAGCACGUUGGAAAAUGUAGUAGUGUUUGCGUGGAAAGGGGAAACUCUGGAAGAGUAUUGGUGGUGUGUAGAAAGUGCAUUGACAUGGGAAAAUGAAGAAGGACCAGAUCUCAUCGUUGACGAUGGUGGAGAUGCAGCACUGCUAGUACAUAAAGGUGUUGAAUAUGAAAAGUUGUAUGAGGAGAAGAAAAUUUUACCUGACCCAGAGUCAGCAAAAAAUGAAGAAGAAAAAUGUUUCCUGAGUUUAUUGAAAAAGUCCAUUCUUAAGAACCCCAAAAAAUGGACAAACAUUGCGAAGAAAAUUGUCGGAGUGUCUGAAGAAACUACAACAGGAGUGCUAAGAUUGAAAAAGAUGGAAAAAAAUAAUGAACUCCUUUUUUCAGCCAUAAAUGUAAAUGAUGCAGUAACGAAACAGAAGUAUGAUAAUAUUUAUGGAUGUAGACAUUCCCUCCCAGAUGGAUUAAUGCGUGCAACUGAUUUCCUCAUUUCAGGAAAAAUUGUUGUCAUAUGUGGAUAUGGAGAUGUUGGAAAAGGAUGUGCGUCCUCUAUGAAAGGCUUAGGUGCAAGAGUAUACGUCACGGAAAUUGAUCCGAUUUGUGCCAUUCAAGCUGUUAUGGAAGGCUUUAAUGUAGUUACCCUAGAGGAAAUUGUAGAGAAAGGAGAUUUCUUCAUCACUUGUACAGGCAAUGUUGAUGUAAUUAAACUAGAGCACCUAAUGAAAAUGAAGAACAAUGCAGUGGUCGGGAACAUUGGACAUUUCGAUGAUGAAAUACAAGUUAACGAACUGUUUAAUUCUGAGGGAAUACAUAUUGAGAACGUGAAGCCACAGGUAGAUAGAGUAACUCUUCCUAAUGGAAACAAAAUUAUCGUCCUUGCUAAAGGCAGACUUUUAAAUCUUGGUUGUGCUACUGGUCAUCCUGCUUUUGUAAUGUCCUUUUCCUUUUGUAAUCAAGUUUUUGCACAACUAGAUUUGUGGGAAAAUAGAAACAGCUCCAAGUAUCAGAACAAAGUCUACUUGUUGCCUAAGCAGCUCGAUGAAAAGGUUGCCCUUUACCAUUUGAAGAAACUCAAUGUUUCCCUAACUCAGUUGGACGACAAGCAGUGCGAGUUCUUGGGCGUUACCAAAGAUGGCCCCUACAAGGGUGACUCCUAUAGGUAUUGA